UUACUGCCAAAAACCCUAAUUUGUUAACCCCUCGCCUAUAUAAGCUUGACCAAACCACACUAUUCGUAUACUCGGCGGCUCUAGAGCCAACCCUAAUUACUAAGGUAAGCUAAAAAAUGGCGGUGCCGUUGCUGACGAAGAAGAUCGUGAAGAAGCGGGUUAAGAAGUUCAAACGCCCACAGAGCGACCGCAAGAUCUCCGUCAAGACAAAUUGGCGCAGGCCAAAGGGUAUCGACUCUCGUGUAAGAAGAAAGUUCAAGGGAUGCACGUUGAUGCCCAACAUUGGUUAUGGUUCAGACAAGAAGACCCGUCAUUAUCUUCCUAAUGGUUUCAAGAAAUUUGUUGUGCACAACGCCAAAGAGCUUGAGUUGCUGAUGAUGCACAACAGGACUUACUGUGCUGAGAUUGCACACAAUGUGUCCACAAGGAAGAGAAAAGAGAUUGUGGAGAGAGCCGCCCAGCUGGAUGUUGUUGUGACCAACAAGCUUGCGAGGUUGCGCAGCCAGGAAGAUGAAUGAGAUUGAAAUUCAUCCGUUUCUAGAUUAUUAUGUUUUGUAGUGAGCUGUUGGGGAUUUCUAUUUUUUCCCCGAGAAUUGUAUCCAGUUUAUAGACCUCAUCUGGGGGGUGAUACUUUUAGUUUUAAUCAUGUUGAGCUCUCUUUUACAGUCAUCAUUUGUGCCUAUACCAUUGACAAGAAUUUAGGUGAUCCGUUCUAUUUU